AUGAAGUUCCUUGUCCACCUUCUUUCCAUUUCCAGCUUUGCUCUUCUCGGCUUAGCUGCCCCUGUCGCCGAACCAAAGGCGCUGAACGGCGUUGCCGGGGCGUCUGGUACCAUCGGCAAUGUGGCCAAUGCUGUCUCUACGCCCAUAAGUCUUCCGUCUGAUAUCAACACUGUGCCGGAUACGGUAAUCGGCGCUGUCUACGGCAUUCUAUCCGGUACCUGUGGUAUAGAUUGGAAGUGCAACAUCACCCUUUCUGGAACCAUUGAGGAUCUCCUGGUCGACGGUGACAAAUACACUGGACAAGCCUCCGUUGCCGCUUGGUGUGAUGAAGGCCGCUGUUACGGUGCCACUGACAUCGACACUUCUGGCACUGCUCCUUUGGUGAUCACCUGCGACCAGGUGACGGGAUCUGAAGCCUGCACAGGGACGAUUUAUGGAGCUGCAGAUGUCAUAUUCAGCAAUGGAAAGCAACUUGAGGUCUGGGGCUGGAUGACGCCGUCAGGAUACUGCAAUGGAGGCACUUGCUACGCUUCACUCCACGCACUUGGAGAUCCCAUGUACUAA